CUCGCAUAUAUACACGCAUAUAUAUUCCCUCUUUCUUUCUCUCUUUCUCUCCUUUCUUUCGAAAUGACUCCGACGAGUCGAAGAGAACGUUGGAGGCAGCGCGUAGGGUGGAAGGAGGUACCCGAGCGAGCGGUGGGUAGACGGAAGGGAGGAGUAUGGAAGAGCCCGGAGGGGAAGGAAGAAGGGGGCUUCUCUUUUUUGGAGGACCUCAACCUGAGGUCACAGAGAACGACGGAGAGCAACAGAGAGGAGAGGAGCGCGAACAGAGAGUGGAACGAGAGAGAGAGAGAGAACCCGUCCUCCAUUACUCGCGAGCGAGCGCAAAUGGUGGCUGGCUAGCUGGCUGGCUCGCUCACUCACUCACUCGCACGCUCGUUCUCUCGCACGCACGAGUCUUUGUUACGCUCGUUCAAAGCAACCUCUGGCUUUCGGGAUUCGCCAGCGGAAAGAAGGAAAUCGAAGCUCCGGGGAGGACUCUUCUCCUCGCUCUCUCGACGCUUCUUUGUGCCUUUAUCGCGGUUCCUCCUCCGCGGGAAGGCGGACUUGGUUGCCGUCAUGUCAACGGCACAAUUCUGUGUUAGUCACUGAUAACGCGCGGACGGACGGACGGAUGGAGACGAACGGUGCAGUCGUAGUGUUUGUUAUGAUUCUCGACAGAAUAGUGGCAUGAGUCGAUUAAUCUAUGGCAGAUCAACAAGAUCAGUCGUCAUCAGGGGGGUCUGUAGAGAAGGCCAGUGCUGCAGCGGACACCUCUAAAGCUAGGGGGAAAGGCUCUAGCAGUGGUUACAGUAGUUACAGAAAACGACAAAGUAGCAGUGCAAUCUCAGAUACGGUGGAGGAGAAGAGACGUAGACAGAUCACUGACGACCCGCAGACGUCCCAAGUUGUCGGUAACACAACGCACACACAUUCGAUCGAUUCUUCCAAGGGGGAAGUUAGACUCAGAGGUGAACGAAGAAGUCAUGGAGCUGGCUUAGAAUCUUAUCCAGAUACUAACUGGAGGCCACAUCAUAAAGUUCAUCAAGCCAACUAUAAUAUCGGUAGUAGCAGUACGAGGGUGCGUAGUGCAGCAAGGACAAGUCUGCCAGAGUUAAAUUUAACAGCCACCGAUUGUGUGGCCUCGCGAACCCGUUCUCGUACACCACAAAAUCCACAAGCGUUGACACAGGGAGCUAGCAGUUACGAUCUGUCAUUAUCCAGUGGAUAUAGCCGGAAAACAGCUACCACCUUCAGCGACGUAGUACCUUCCUCAAGUACGACGUCACUCACUAGUCAUCCAUCCACAUCGAGAGGACGAGGCCUGAGGAUGAGCGAAUGUCUGGAAGGAUUUGUGUCUGCUGUCAAAGCACUUUUUCCAAUAUCAACACAAACGUAUCAUCAAGAAGAUUCAAAGUCCCACGGCGGUGCAACUUGCACGAGCAGCAGCACGAGCAGUCAAGCUUCCAGUCAAGGUGUGAAGUCCAGCGUCAGAGUGGGUAACGCAGCCAGCAACUCUGUGGAGAGUGGUGGGGGUGCGUUGGCACAUGACGGGGCAGGCACGAGUGGCAUCGCAUCGACAGCCACUGCCAAUCCACCUGUGUCUGCCACCGUUUCUGCCAACCCAGCACACCCUCAUUCUACACACAAGCAUUUGCUACGCUCACGAGGGAAGACUUCUACCGAGCAGUAUAAAGAACUACCGUCAAAUAACAAAACUUCGGGAAAGCAUCACAAGAAAGACUCUACGACGGGUUCCUGUUCAAGUUCCAGGCAUCGCUCCUCAUCGCGAGUGAGGAAGCCGCCAGUGGUUGAGAGUGGCUCUGGUGGAUUGAGCAGUGUGAUGUCAGGUAGUGAUUCUAUCAGCGCUACGCCGACAUCAGUAUCAUCCUCUGUCCCUGGUAGCCAGCUAGUCUCAACCACCGGUGAAGAGGAAUCGGCAUCAACUGCUACAUCCGCCACCGCAAGUGGAGGACCAUCCGGUAUGUCGGGUACCACUGGUGAUAGCGAAAGCGAUGACGGGGAAGUCGGACGAUUGCAGGCUCUAUUGGAAGCUAGAGGACUUCCACCUCAUGUAUUCGGGGCAUUAGGACCACGAAUGCAACACUUGCUAAAUAGAAGCAUGGGUGCGACUGCUGCUGCAAAAGCCCAACAGUUACUUCCCGGUUUGCAAAACGCCGACGACGAAGGUGAACAAUUGCAAGCUGUUAUCGGUAUGGGGGAGAUACUUGUGAUGGGAAACGAGGAUACUUUAACAGGAUUUCCUGUCAAACAAGUGGUCGCAGCUUUAAUUAAUUUAUUGGGAAUUGAGCAUAAUUUUGUGAUAAUGACCCAUGCGUGCCGCGCCCUUACGUACAUGAUGGAAGCGUUGCCACGGUCGUCCACCGUCGUGGUAGACGCGGUGCCGGUGUUCUUGCAAAAACUGGAAUCGAUCGAAUGUAUGGACGUAGCCGAGCAAUGUCUGACGGCACUGGCCAUGUUGUCACGCAGGCAUAGCAAGACGAUUUUACACGCGGGUGGUGUGUCAGCCUGUUUGAAAUUUGUGGAUUUUUUCAAUAUCACAGCGCAACGCGCGGCAUUAACGAUUACCGCAAAUUGUUGUCAGAAUCUCCAUCCGGAUGAUUUUCACUUGGUAGUGGACAGUUUGCCAUUAUUAACGAGCAGAUUAACGAAUCAGGAUAAGAAGAGCGUCGAGUGCGUAUGCCAGGCAUUCAGUCGAUUGGUUGACAGUUUCCAACACGAUCCUGUUAUGCUGCAUAAGAUUAUCAAUGGCGAACUCCUGCAAAAUUUACAACAAUUGGUACGUGAGCGGAGGUUGAAUCUUAUGAUUACGCCACCGGUUAAUAGCAUUGGCAAUUUCAUAACUGUAUUACGAAUGCUCUCUGUGAUAUCCAAUCGCUGUCCCGAUCUGGCACAGUUGUUACUGCAGCAAAAUAUAGCUUACACGUUAAGUUAUCUUUUAACCGGAUCUCUGGACGUUAAAACGGAAGAUGUGGAGUUGGUGUCGCGUUCUCCCCAGGAAUGGUUCGAAAUUACGUGUUUAAUCGAAGAACUUAUGCCUCCAUUACCAACAGAUGGGAUAUUCAGUGUAAAUAGCUUACUCGAAAGGACCAGUAAUCAGCAAGAAACUGUCCACUGGGAAUGGCGCGACGAAAGACACUGUUGCCACCCGUUCAGUACUAUAGAUUCUAGAAUUAUCGAGAUGGCGUUUCAGAAUGGCGAAGAUGAGAUAUGCCUUUCCACUUUAGGACGAACUUACACUAUAGAUCUGACUGUGAUGAAACAAAUUAACGAGGAUAUGGGAAUGGCAAGAAGUAUAUUUCGCAGAGUAAACGCCAAUCCUACUGAAGGAAAGAGUCCUACUUGCUCAUCUAGCAUGGAUGUCGUGCCUCCGGUAAUCGAGACGAACGAAUGGCUAGUGUCUUUUAUUCGAACUCUAUUCUCUGUACUAUAUGAGGUUUAUAGUAGCUCGGCAGGGCCUGCUGUAAAGUGCAAAUGUCUCCGAGCGCUUCUUCGUAUGGUAUAUUACGCCUCAACUGAUUUACUUAAGGAUGUUCUAAAGAAUCAAGUGGUUUCGUCGCAUAUAGCUGGUAUGCUAGCGUCGCAAGACUUGCGCAUAGUUAUCGGGGCUCUUCAGAUGGCGAGUAUCCUGAUGAAGAGGUUACCACAAGUAUUUGGGGUUCAUUUUCAUCGCGAAGGCGUGCUUCAUCAAGUUCGUCAAUUAGCGGAUCCUGAAGUACCUCUCGGUGUUUCACCACCCAAGUGCCCUUCUGGUACAUCCUUACCAAGCCCACAGCCAGGACCGUCUAAUACACCACUUUCUUCCACCGCAAUGUUGUCUUCUAGUAGUACCACGUCUCCUGUUGUCUCGCCCUCCACGAACGGCAAUAUAUUGUUCGGUACUAUCGCAUCAUGUCAGCAUAAUACGAAUAUCGCCGCUUCGCUGGAACCACACAGAACGGAAUUGAGCAGCAAUGCGGAUGAACCGAGCACACCGCAGACUCAUCUAAGGAUCGGUGACGUGCUGAAGAGGAAACGGCAAAACAAGAAGGGUCGUUUCUCGAGAUUGGGAGGCGCUACUUCGCAGCAGGCGCAGCAACCGGAAUCUCUCUUCACCGGAUUCACCCCCAAGAACCACCGAUUCCUGGGCAAUCUCAAUCCAGCCAGAUGGGGCCGCAAAUCGUCCUCGUCCAGUUCCACCAGCGACAAGAGAGACUCGAGCUCGUCCACGAGCCUGUCGAAACCACCGAGCAAUCCGAGCUUGACCGGCGGGAACCGGGAUAAGGCAAAGGCGUGGGUGCGCGAGCAGGCAGCGCAGUUUUUGGCGAGAUAUCAGGACGACGCACCCUGUUCGCAUCCGGCCCUGACGGUCCUCGCUCGGCUGACCGCCGCGAUACAGCGAUUGCAAUCAAACGAAUUAGACGAAAUGUUAUCAGCACUCACGGAAUUGCGGGACAUCGUCCUCGAGAGCGAUAUAUCGCCCUUCGAGAUGAAUUACAGCGGUCUUAUCAAGGCUCUAUUAAACUACCUCACUACCACGGAUGCGCCUGGCAAUCGUUACGAUCGCCUUCGUAUGUUCUGGAAAUUGUUUGCGGAGUCGACUAUGCAACAGAACAAUGACAUCAUGGAUCUUAAUCCCGGGGCAUUCGGUGCUCUGGUGGCGAAAUUGAACAGCUGCGUCGCGCAGCUAGAACAAUUUCCAGUGAAAGUUCACGACCUGCCAGCCGGCUCCGGUGCUGGUCGUGGCGGCACCAGCGCCCUCAAGUUCUUUAAUACCCAUCAACUGAAAUGCAAUCUUCAACGUCAUCCGGACUGCAAUAAUCUGAAACAAUGGAAGGGCGGUCCUGUAAAGAUCGAUCCCCUGGCGUUAGUACAAGCGAUUGAACGAUAUUUGAUGGUGCGUGGAUAUGGUAGGAUACGAGAUGCCGAAUCGAUGGUUAGUGACGACGACAACAGCGAGGACGAUAUCGACGAUACUUUGGCGGCAGUCGUGAUAAGCCAAGGAUCGGCGAAGCACAAGCUUCAGUUUUUAAUCGGUGAUGUAGUUCUGCCGUUUAACAUGACGGUCUAUCAGGCUGUCAGACAAUUCGGAUGUUCCGGAGUGGAUCACUCGGAAGCGGAAGCCGACAGUGAACCGCCGCUGGGGCACGAUGCGGUGUGGGUGCAAACCCAUACAAUAUAUUACAGACCUGUACCAGAAGAAGAUGCCGCGACUUCUCCAAAAUCAGGGUCGAGUUCACAGGGUAGUAGCAGAAAGGGCAAGGGGAAAAGUACAAAAAUUAGUUCGAAGAGGAAAGAGGACAGUCUCUGGCUGGAAGGCACAGUCCCACCUCAACGUUGUCCUCUCGCACCAUACCUGUCCCCCGUAUUACCGCCGUCAGUGACCAUCACGGACGCUUCCCUCGACGGAUUGUGUCUGCUGCGACUCUUGCACGCUCUCAAUCGCCAUUGGGGCAUACUGUUCCCGCAUCUGAAAAGCAUGAGCUUACUGUCAGCUCAGGACUUCAUCAACAACAAGAUCGCCGCGAAAGCAAGCAGGCAGCUGCAGGAUCCGCUGGUGAUCAUGACCGGGAAUCUACCGUCUUGGCUGCAACAGAUCGCGACUGUUUGCCCGUUCCUCUUCCCGUUCGAGACGAGGCAGCUACUCUUGUACGCGACGUCGUUCGAUCGAGAUCGAGCUCUUCAGCGUCUUCUGGACUCCGCGCCUGAACUCUCGGGCUCGGACAGUCAAGAGCGCGUCACGCCGCGUUUAGAACGAAGAAAAAGAACCAUUUCGAGAACGGACAUCCUUAAGCAAGCUGAGCAAGUGAUUCAGGACUUGGCAUCCAGCAAGGCUCUGCUUGAAGUGCAAUAUGUAAACGAGGUCGGCACCGGCCUCGGGCCAACCUUGGAAUUUUACGCUCUAGUCUCCAAAGAGCUGCAGCGUGCCGAUUUGGACUUGUGGCACGGCAGCUCUAAUCCUACCGAGAACGGAUACGUCAACCCAGUGCACGGACUGUUUCCUGCGCCGAUCCCGUGGAACACCAAGGUGUCUCAUUUAGCGAAAUUGAAGACCAAAUUCAAAUUCCUCGGGAAAUUCAUGGCGAAAGCGAUAUACGACUCCAGAAUGUUGGACUUGCCAUUUAGUUUAACUUUCUAUCGCUGGUUAUUGGGAGAGGAACACACGCUCACGUUAGCGGACUUGGCGCACGUGUGUCCUGAUGUGUAUCGUACCCUCAGCAAGCUCCAAGACGUUGUCAGGCGAAAAGAAACCAUGGAGAAGGACCAGACACUACGGCCGCACGAGAAGACGCAGCUGAUUGAAGCGCUCGAUUUAGACAACUGUCCGAUUUCGGAGUUAGGACUCGUGUUUGAAUUGCCGGGUUAUGAGAGUAUAGAGUUGAGAAAAGGUGGCAGUGAGAUACCCGUGAAUAUUCACAACCUGGAUCAAUAUAUCAAGUUGGUGGUACACUGGUUUUUGCACGAAGGAGUGUUCAGACAGAUGGAAGCUUUCCGGGAAGGUUUCGAGUCGGUAUUCCCUCCGUCACAAUUGAGGCUGUUCUUCCCGGAGGAGCUGGAAGCGGUGUUCUGCGGACACGCACAAACCGGCGGACAAUGGGACGUGAAGACACUCGCAGAAUGCUGUAGAACCGAUCACGGCUACACGCCCGACUCGCGCGCCAUCCGGUUCUUGUUCGAAGUCAUGUCCAAGUACAACAGCGAAGAGCAACGACAGUUUAUUCAGUUCGUCACCGGUUCGCCGCGUUUACCCGUCGGAGGUUUCAAGAGCUUAACUCCCCCUUUAACGAUAGUGCGCAAAACUUUCGAUCCAUCUAUGAAAACGGACGAUUUUCUACCGUCUGUAAUGACUUGCGUCAACUACCUGAAACUGCCUGAUUAUACCACCUUGGAAAUAAUGCGGGAGAAAUUACGGAUAGCCGCACAAGAGGGUCAGCACUCGUUCCACCUCUCCUAGAAACGGAUGGAAAAGUCGGUGCACCUUCUUCAUUAUUCCCACGCUACCCCGGUUGAGACCAAUUAUCCCAAUCAUUUAGAGCCCAUGUGUGAAACCCACUGUGUUUCGGCGAGCAAAUUCAACGAAAGGACGAUUAUAUUCUUUAUACGGAUUCUUUUGAAGAUACUCUUUUCUUCACGUCUCGAGUGAUCGAUUGGAAUAAAUCAGCUUUCUCGGUGUUUAUAUUUUUA